AUGGCGGCUCUUGUAUCCAUCACUCCAAUCAGAACAUCACUAACCAUUUCCUGCCCUUCUUCCCCGUUCAAGGGAAAUGUGACGAGUCUGCGAGCAAAAUCAUGGAAUUUCAACCCGCUCAUCAAGACCCAUUCGACGCGUUGGCCUCAGGCGAGACCACUCGUGGUGGUCAACAAAAGGCCCUCGGCUCCGGCCGCGGUUCCGGUGCCUGGCGAGCGGUUCAGGCUGGACAAUUUGGCGCCGCAGCCAGGUUCCAGGAAGAAAGCCAAGAGAAAGGGAAGAGGUAUCGCCGCCGGGCAAGGUAACAGCUGUGGGUUUGGAAUGAGGGGACAGAAAUCCCGGUCGGGUCCUGGUGUGAUGAGAGGAUUCGAAGGUGGGCAGAUGCCUCUCUAUCGCCGUAUCCCUAAAUUGCGGGGAAUUGCUGGAGGUAUGCAUGCUGGUUUACCUAAAUAUGUCCCGGUCAACUUAAAGGACAUAGCAGAAGCAGGUUUUCAAGAGGGCGAGGAGGUUUCACUGGAGAGUUUGAAGGAGAAGGGCUUAAUCAACCCAUCAGGAAGAGAAAGGAGACUUCCUCUGAAGAUCCUAGGUGAUGGGGAGCUAGACGUGAAGCUGAACUUCAAAGCUCGUGCAUUUUCAACAUCAGCGAGGGAGAAGCUGGAAUCUGUUGGCUGCUCGCUCACCGUGUUACCUGGCAGGAAGAAGUGGCUGAAGCCAGCAGUUCUAAAGAACCUUGCUAGAGCUGAUGAAUACUUUGCAAAGAAAAGAGCUGCUGCAGCAGCAGAGGCAUCUGAGCCUGAGCCAGCAGCCUCUUCUUGA